AUGGUCCCUUCGAAAAGGAAUUCUGUAAGCAAGGAGAGUAAAGAUCGACGGGCAAGCAACGACUUAUCCAGCUCUUUGGAGACGGCUGUGGCGCCUUUAUUGAAGAAUACGGAUGGCGAAUCUGAUGUUGAAAUAGGACAACCUGGGCGAGUACCUCCAAAUCUUCUCGAAGAAGCGGAUAUAAGUGUUCGUGAGCGUAUUCCAUCUGAAACUUCGUCGGAUAGGUCCUUGUUGGCAAAGCAUGAAGCGGCUCAGGACGCAGCGAAAGCUUCAGGCAAAGCAGCUGUGCGAUUAGCACACGCUACUUUGGUGGUGAACGUAACAUUAAUGUUGGCGAAGGCUGUUGCGUCAUAUCUGUCUGGUUCGUUGUCAAUUCUAUCCUCACUCGUUGAUUCGUGCGUUGACAUUACCUCGGGACUUGUGAUAUCGAUCUCUACUCGAAUGAUAAAGAAGCGGGAUCCAUACCUUUACCCACGAGGACGAACUAGGCUGGAGCCGCUGUCUUUGAUUGUCAUCAGCGUUGUCAUGGGCGUUGCUAGUGUACAGCUAAUUUUUGGAGCAAUAACGCGGAUACAUGCUGCCUACCAAUUUCACGUUCAUGGUGUGGGGGAACAACCUAAGCUUGACGUCUCAUUAACCACAGUUUGUAUCAUGGUUGCUACCGUCGUGGUGAAGUUCUCAUUAUUCAUGAUAUGUCAGAAGUAAGU